AUGUCUGCAGUAGCGUGCUUGUGGAGCCACACGGAGUGGACGCCGUACGCGGUGCUGCGCGUGUCGCCGUCAGCCACCAUCGAGGACAUCCGGGCCGCUUUCAGGCGCAUGGCGCUGCUCACGCACCCCGACAAGGCAAAGGUUAAGGCAACGACGACGCCAAGUGCGAAUAGCAGUGAGACGGCGCCGUGUACGGCACCUCCUGUCUCAUUCUUCGUGGUGAAGGAGGCGUCGGAAGUUUUGCUUGACCCGUGCUUGCGGGCCGCCUACGAUGCCGCCCACUCCCAUGUGUUGGAGCGCGAGGUCGGCGCUGUCAGUGAUACCUACUAUCUUGAGGAUGACUUUACUUGCGUAAUGGUUGACGGUGGCGAAGACGAUGGGCAGUGCGUGCAUGUGUACCAGCGCGAGUGUCGCUGCGGUGGCAUGUAUGAGACCAGGCUGAUUCCCGUGGUGCCGACCGGGAGUGGCGGUGACGAGGAUGCCCCCAUUUCCUCCUCAACUUACACGGUGAGGUGCCAGUGUGAUUCGUGUUCACUCGUGGUGGAGGUGGUAGUGUAG